UCAGUUUUGCUUGGUUCGUCACAAGCAAAGUCAUCUAUAAAAAUGUUUCUCGCCAAGAUCCUAAUCCUGUGCACCGCCUGCGUCCUGGUCAGUGCCAGUUGGGCUGAAUUCGGAGCACCAAGGAAUCUCGAAGGCCAGGACCUGGCCAAUGCCCAGCAAAGGCUUGAGGCAUCUUUGACCAAGUUGGCUGCUGGCGAUGGACCCCACUAUCGCCUCUCCAAGGUCCUUUCGGCAACGUCCCAGGUGGUCUCUGGCGUGAGGAAUGAUUACUCCGUGGAGCUGAUCGACAACCAGGGUGCUACCAAGGUGUGCCAUGUGGACAUCUGGUCGAAACCGUGGCUUCCCGGUGGCAUCCAGGUGACCUUCAACUGCCCCAAUGAACCUGAGCUGGUGAGAAGGCACGAUGCUUAAAUAAAAAUUGUGGUUGGAUUCAAUUCUAAAACUUAGUAUGUUUGUUAAUCGGUAGCGAAACCUAGACUACAUAUUGGCAAACAUAAAUCAAGAAAUUUUACUCUUAGUCAGAUGCAUUGAUAACCGGGUGUCAAUUGCUACUGAUAUUUAAUUGGGGGCAGGGGACUGAUUAUUCUUAUCACGAUGAUGAAUAGGUCAUGAUCCGCACUGUAAUCUAGUGUGUUAGAUUACGAUUUGUGGAAGGUAAGGGCUGUAAGAUAGUUUCACUCGAUUUUUAGAUGGUCCACUCAAGUGAAAACGGUUAGAUAUUCAAAUAUUUUUAUAAAACAAUAUUGUUUAUUUAUUAAAAACAUAUUAAUUAUAUACUUUUCAACCAUAAAAGGAGAACUUCGAUGUCACAAAGUAAUGAGUAGGUUUAAAUUCAAUUUACUUUUGUCACAAUUGUAAAUUUAGAAUGAGCCAAAGAGCGGAAAGUGAACUUCUUUUGAGUAAAAAAAAAA